AUGACAGUUGAUGCUAGUUCUGAGGUUAGUACGGAUGGAAUGUUAUCUUCUCCAGUUGGGAAGACAGGAUGUUCAGGUCGUGACAACGUUAGUGAAGCAGAUAAACAAAUACUAGAAUGGGCAGGCAAAUUGGAGUUGGAGACUGUUGAUCUGAAGGAGAAGGCAUCUGAGUUAACUAAUGUGUUCAAUGAGAGUAAUACCAAGUUAUUAGAGUUAGUGGCGCGUCUUAAUGACCAUUUGGGAUCGAUAGAGGGAGGUGACAUGAAGAGAAGUGAAGCUGAUGGUUUUAAAAGUCUAAUUGAAAAUUUGGGGGCGACUCUAAAGAAUGGGUUGAAGGAAUCUUUGGAGUCCUCUUCCAAGACCUCCAAUGGUGUUAUGAACAAAAUGAUGAAACAGCUUCAAAUGGUGACGGAUUGUGUCGAGAAGCAUGAUUCAAAUACAGUGACAAAAUCUGAACUGACCAAGUUUUUGGGAGACAACAAUAAACAGUUGUUGCAAGAAUUUGAUGCAAGGUUUGAUGAGAUCAUGAAAAGUGUCGACACCACUCAAGAUCUAGUAAUUAACUGUGGAAAACAAUUAGAAUCGAUUUUUGGAGUCAUGGUGUCUGUCUCUACAGAGAUCAAGAAUCUUAGCGACAGGCAAACUACUUUAGAAGAAUUAGUUAAACAGAAAGCAGAGUUCCAAAUUACCAGGAAAUUUAGCAAUGACAGUUGCUUAUUAGUAGGGACUACUUUAGAAGAGGAUCAUACGACUGCCACAAGAUGUAAGGCCACUAGGUCCCCUGUCAAGGGUCGACUAAGAACAAGGUUGCAAAAACAAAACAAGACUCAAACAAUGGGAAACGAUAGCAAAAUCAUAGCCAAAAAGCAACAUCCUAACAGAAGAGAUCUCACAAUAGCUAGGACUAUCAUACCGUGGGAAGAAAUCGACACAUAUUACUCUUCUGAGCUCUAA